CUUGUGUCAUUAUGCGUUUGUGGCUGGGGCUGUGAAAGGCUCUAUACCCCAGCUUGGUUCCACAUUUCUAGAUCAAGGUAGAGAAGCUGCCACUUUCUUCUUUGUGGAAUCCUGGAGCUGAAGUGGAAAAGGUGACCGCUGGCUGAUUCUCCAAGUGGACAAAAAACAGGCGGUUGCAUAACAGGAAAUGGCAGAAACAGAAGAUUGUGUGGGUCAGGAGCCAUGUCCAGUUGAUGAUGAUUUAUUUAAAGAACCAAUGAAAAAAAGAAGACGGUCAGAUCGGGACCAGCGUUUCCGAGCAUUUCCCACGAUGGAACAAAGCGCCCUUAAGGAAUAUGAAAAAUUAGAGUCACGGACCAGAAGGGUUUUGAGCAACACUUACCAGAAACUUCUUCAGUCUGUGUUCCUGGAUGACAGCAUCCCUAAUGGCAUCAAGUACCUCAUAAACAGGCUUCUUGCCUUGAUUGAAAAGCCACCGUUGGACCCCAUCUACAUUGGAUUGUUUGGAAGCACUGGGGCUGGGAAGAGCUCCCUGAUCAAUGCUAUCAUUCAGCAAGCCAUGUUUCUGCCAGUGUCUGGAGAAAGUAUAUGUACGUCUUGUAUUGUUCAAGUGCGCUCGGGCUGCUGUGAGCUGUAUGAGGCCAAGAUCCACCUCCUCUCCGACCAGGAGUGGAAGGAAGAGCUGAAGAACCUAUCAAAGCUCCUGAACAGGACUGAGGAGCUGGGCAGAGAAGAGGAGGAUGCAUGGAAUAAGGAUGAAGCGCUGGAAGAAGCCAUUUGGAAGCUACAAAUGCUUUAUGGACCCGGGGCGGAAAGGAAGAGCUACGAGGAGUUACUAAGGGCAAAGCCCAUAGGAAAGAUCCCCCCCUCCAGAGUCAUCACCCUCAAGGCAGAAGAGGCAGAAGAGCUGUCUGUCAAGCUGGAUCCCUACAUCCGGACUCAGAGGAGGGGCUGGGCUGGAGGACCAGAUGAGACACAAAUCUGGCCCUUGAUCAAACUUGUGGAAGUGACCCUUCCCAAGUCAGAGCUGAUUCCAGAAGGAGUGGUGCUGGUGGAUAUCCCAGGCACAGGAGACUUUAACAGCAAGAGGGACGAGAUGUGGAGAAAGACCAUUGAUAAAUGCUCGGUGAUCUGGGUGAUCAGUGACAUUGAAAGAGUGUCUGGAGGGAGAGCCCACGAAGACCUUCUCAACGAGAGCAUCAAAGCCUGCCAGAGGGGGUUCUGCAGGGACGUGGCCCUGGUUGUCACCAAGACUGACAAGCUCCACUUGCCAGAAUAUCUAAGGGAACGAAAAGUGGGAAAUCCAGCUAUUCAAAGUCAGCGAGAGGCUGUUUUAGAAAGAAAUGAAAUGAUAAAACUCCAGAAGAAUAAAAUCCUCAAGGAGAAACUACAGAGAAAACUGCCUGCUGACUCCAAGGUUCUGGAAGCCUCAGAGCUGGUGUACACAGUCAGUGCCCAGGAGUACUGGCAGCAGGCUGUCCUUGCCGAGGAGGAAACUGAAAUCCCCAAGUUAAGAGAAUACAUCCGGAGAAGGCUCUUGGAUGAGAAGAGAAGGAUGGUGACCAAGUAUGUCACUGAAGCCUUUGGCCUAUUGCUCCUGACAGAUAGUUUCAACGGCCCGGACCACCUGCCGAAUGAACACUUGCACAUGAGUGGCCUGCGGAGGUUUGUGGAGGAGAGGAUCCAGCUGCUGGAGAAGGCUAUUGACCAGUGCUUUGCCCACAUUGCUCGGCCUCUGCAAGUUGGGGUCCGAAAUGCCAGGAGUUCCUACCGACGGAUCCUUGGGGCGUGCCUGGUGAGGAGUAGAGGAAACCAGGGUUUUCACCAGACACUGAAAGCAGUUUGCCUGAAGAACGGCAUCUAUGCCUCCAGGACUCUCACGAGAAUAGAUCUGAACGAAGCCAUCACACAGCCCAUCUAUGACCAGAUUGAUCCCGUUUUCGGAGGCAUUUUUAGCUCCGGGAAGCCCACAGAUGGUUCAGCUUUGAUGCCUCACAUAGAUGCUUUUAAGUACUCUCUGCAAGAGAAGAUGACGGAAAUUGGGAUAAGAAAUGGCUGGAAGUAUGACAGCUGCAAGAAGAGUUUCCUGGUCCAGGAGAUAAGCGCCAUCCUCGGAGGCCUGGAGGAACACAUUCUGAGGAAGAAGAGGAGGAUUUAUGAGUCUCUCACCACCUCUGUGCAGAAUGACCUGAAGCCCUGUUAUGAAGAGGCAGCUCAGAUCACGGGCAAAAAAGCGUGUGAAAGAAUGAAAGAUGUCAUCAGAAGAGGGGUAGACCGGCAGGUGGCUGAGGGCAUGUUCGAAAGGGCUCAAGAAAGGAUGCAGCACCAAUUUCAGCAGCUGAAGAAUGGAAUCACGGAGAAGGUGAAGGGCAGCAUCACCACCAUGCUGACCCUUGCUUCGUCCCAGGGGGAUGGACUCUACAAGGAGCUUGCAGAUGUCAAAAGUGAAUACAAAGAGAUGGAGAAGCUGCACAGGAGCCUGAGGGAGGUAGCGGAGAAUGCAGUGCUGCGGAGGGGCAUGCAAGAUUUCCUUCUGAGAAUGUCCCCCAGCAAAGCUGGGCCCCCCCAAACAUGGACUUGAUGCUUGGAGCUUAGCACCAGGGGUUGGAAUCCAAGCCUGGAGACAAAUAGUCAGAUUUACUUCUGUUUAUUAAAACCUAAGAAAGGACCUCUCCCAACUUUGGGGGCUUUCUAGACAACAGAGAUGCAAUAUAUUGUUACUUCUGGCAGAAGCUGAGGACUGAGCAACAUCAUUUCAUUUUUUAAUUCUAUAACCAAAAAAGGUCAUCUUGAAUCCCUUACGGAGUUCCGAAGCUUUAGGGACAGGAAAUCUGUGCUUCACUGAAGACAAAUAUCUAAACAUCGAAAAACUUAUACAUGGAAUCUAAAAUGUGAUAUAAAUGAGCUUAUUUACAAAACAGAAACAAACUCACAAACCAUAGAAAACAAACUUAUGGCUACCAAAGGGGGAAAGGGGGAAAGGAUAAACUAGGAGUU